AUGUCAUCAUGGGAGGGCUGUAGAAGGAACAGCAAUAUAAGGCUUGUGUCGGCAGCAGCGGCAGGAGCGGCAGCAGUAGCAGGAGAGCCAUCCGCCGGCCGGUGUGGGGUGGAGUGGGACGGCAUCGCCUGCUGGGGCCCGGCGGGGGCGGGGGCGCUGGCCAGGCAGCCCUGCCCCUCCUACGUGGUCGGCUUCCGCGCCCAGGAGUACGCCAGUAAGCUGUGUACCUGGUCAGGUACGUGGUACCGCAACGAGCAGAACGCCACGUGGGCCAACUACACGCUGUGUGGUGCGGUCACCAGCGAACAGCCGCCUGAGGAUGCGUCCCUGUACGAGAGCUUUUUCUGUGAAAGUGUCUUAAGUGGUGUGAUACUGGAGCUGAUAACCUGCCUGAGAAACCCGGAUGAACCGUCCUGUGUGGCGUGCUGUUUGUUGCAGCGCUGGCUGCCCAUGGUGAAGGCGGCCUCUCAGGCGGGGUACGCCGUCUCACUGGUUGCCCUGCUCGUUGCCGUGGGGGCGCUGUCCGCCACCAGGCGACUGCGCUGCCCGCGGUACCGGCUGUACAUGCACCUGUUCGCCUCGUUCAUCUUCCGCUCCCUGAUGGGGCUGCUCAAGGACGCGCUAUUCGUCGACGGCGUCGGUCUCGCGUCAGACGUCGCUUACAACGAAGACGGACACAUCGUCUUCCUUACUAACAGCACCCACUGGCGCUGCAAGCUGGUGACGAGCCUGUGGCAGCUGUCGAUCGCGGCCAACUUCUCGUGGAUCCUGGCGCAGGGUCUCUACCUGCACAACCUGGUGGUGUUCGCGCUGCCCGCCCACGCCGGGCGCGUCGCCAGCUACGUCGCUCUGGGUUGGGGAGCGCCCGUCGCGGUGGUGGCGACGUGGGCCGUAGCCCGCCUGGAGCUGGAGGACACACUGUGCUGGACCACCAACCAGCAGUCGCGCGUCUUCCUGCUGCUGCAGCUGCCCAUGGCCUGCUCCGUGCUGGUGAGCUUCGCGCUGUUCCUCAACCUGGUGCGCCUGCUGCUGCUCAAAGUGCGCGCUUCGGCUACGCUGCAGCGCCGGAGGGCGCGUUACAUGCGUCUGGCGCGCUCGACGCUGGUCUUGGUGCCGCUGUUCGGGGCGCACUACGCCUUGCUGCUGGGCCUGUCGUACAGCGAGGACCGACGCGUGGAAAUAACGUGGCUCUUCGCCGACCAGCUCUUCGCCUCCUUCCAGGGUCUGCUGGUAGCGGUCCUGUACUGUCUGCUGAACGGUGAGGUUCGUGCAGAGGUUUCCCGCAGCUGGAUGUCGUGGCACCAGCAGCGCCUCACGCGGGCCCAGCUGGCUGCAGCAGCCGCCCACGAGCCCUUCAAGAUUUUCGGCUCGCGGCGCGGCUCGGCGCUCACCGUCAUAUCCCGGCUGCGGACGCUGUCCGGCUCUGAAGACGAACGCUGA